AUGCAUGGACUAACAGACCACGUUCUUCGCAUCCUUUCUGAGCACUGGAUAGCAGUGUCUCUGACAGCCCUAGUGCUAUGGCUCCUCAAGAAUCGAUAUCAUAAUGGUCUCAAUAAGUAUCCAGGUCCGCUAUUGGCUUCUUUUACAGACUGGUGGCGCUUCUUGGAUGUCUAUGGCCGAAGGCCUGAAGUCACUCAUCGUGCUCUUCAUAAACAGUACGGCGAUGUCGUUCGUCUUGGGCCGAAUACUCUUUCUUUCUCAGAUCCUCGAGCUCUCAAGUCGAUAUAUGGUUUGAACAAAGGGUUUAUCAAGUCUGAAUUCUAUGUCGUCCAGCAAUCUAUUGCUAGAGGCCACCGCUUGCAGUCAUUGUUCAGUUCAACGGACAACGAUUUUCAUGCGAGAUUUCGCCGUUGCGUUAAUUCUGCAUUUGCCAUGUCUGCCUUAGUUCAAUAUGAGCCCUUCGUCGACAACACGACCAAGCUGUUCCUGGAACAAACAAGGAAAUAUUACGUCAACAAUCCCGAAGGUUGUGAUUUCACUCAGUGGUUGCAAUUUUACGCCUUCGAUGUCAUUGGAGAGAUUACAUACAGCAAGAGACACGGAUUCGUGGAAAAGAACAAAGACAUUGACGGUAUUGUGUCCUACCUGUCAUGGCUAUUCCUCUAUGUUGCGCCAAUUGGACAAAUCCCAUUCCUAGACAGACUUCUUCUCAAGAAUCCAAUCUACCUCAAACUCUCCCAAUGGGGCUUCAUCGAUGCCACUUUCCCCGUGGCACGAUUUGCCAGCAAUCGCAUGGCCGAGAGACUCCCAGAGCUAUCCCAAGGAAAGUCCGCUUCCGAACUGGGCGUCAAGUCGCCAGAUCUUCUCUCCAAGUUCUUAGCAGCACACGAGGCACAUCCCGAAUUCAUGAGCCAGACUCUGGUCCAGACCAUGGCUGUAAGCAUGGCUUUUGCCGGCUCCGAGACUACGGCUAUCAGUCUUUCAGCGGUAUUCUACUUUUUGCUCAAGAAUCCCGAUACUUUGAGGCGUCUUUUGUCUGAAAUUGAUGAUGCUGCUCGCGCUGGAGCCUUUGGAGACUCCGAGACGGGACUUGUCACUUGGCACGAGAGUCAGCGGCUUCCUUACCUGGACGCAUGUAUCAAGGAGGCUUUCCGGUUGCAUCCUGCUGCUGGACUUCCCCUGGAACGUAUUGUACCGGAGCAGGGCGCCGAAAUUGCUGGACAUUUCGUGCCCGGUGGUACUAUUGUUGGCUGUUCGGCUUGGCUGAUUCAUAUGAACAAGGGCAUAUUUGGUGAAGAUGCCGAGCUCUAUCGUCCUGGGCGUUGGCUUCCAGAUGAAGAGAUAAGCAAGACAGAGGCCGGCAGGGAUGCCGAAGAUCGUCGCAUCAAAGAGAUGAAUGGUACAAUGUUCCAGUUUGGAAUGGGCAGUCGUACCUGCAUUGGAAAGAAUAUCAGUUUGCUCGAGAUCUACAAGCUCGUGCCUAGCAUGUUACGACGCUUCGAGAUCCAAUUCCAAGAUCCCUCUCAAGAAUGGGAGUUGAUUAACGCGUGGUUUGUGAAGCAAAAGAACUUUACGACGACAUUCAAGCUUAGGGAUAUUGUGAAGCCAGAGAGCGAGCCUGUCCCCUCUGCCCCUUGA